CAUCGUAGUCGUAGAAGCCAGUAUAUUCCAGACUCCUCCACUUUCGGCUAUUUAGCUUCUAUCUUCUUUUGAUUCUUCAUCACAAUUCAAUCGGAAUUUGAAAUUCUCAAAGCUCACCACAAUCACUUCUCUCUCAAUUUUAUAUACUUUUGUUUAACUCUACUGUUUUAAUUGUUUUCGGCAUCAAUGGCGGGAAAGGGCGAAGGACCGGCAAUCGGUAUCGAUUUGGGGACAACCUACUCGUGCGUGGGAGUGUGGCAGCACGACCGCGUCGAGAUCAUAGCCAAUGACCAGGGUAACCGCACCACGCCGUCGUACGUGGCGUUCACGGACACCGAGCGGCUGAUCGGCGACGCGGCGAAGAACCAAGUCGCUAUGAAUCCUAUCAACACCGUCUUCGAUGCUAAGAGGUUGAUCGGCCGUAGAUUCUCUGAUCCAUCGGUUCAGAGCGACAUGAAACACUGGCCAUUCAAGGUUAUUGCCGGCCCUGCCGACAAGCCUAUGAUAGUGGUAUCCUACAAGGGAGAGGAGAAGCAGUUUUCAGCUGAGGAGAUCUCUUCCAUGGUGUUGAACAAGAUGAAGGAGAUCGCGGAGGCGUAUCUCGGGUCGACAGUGAAGAACGCUGUUGUGACUGUGCCAGCUUACUUCAACGAUUCUCAGCGUCAGGCAACCAAGGAUGCCGGGGUGAUCUCUGGCCUAAAUGUUAUGCGGAUCAUCAAUGAGCCUACUGCAGCAGCUAUUGCUUAUGGUUUGGAUAAGAAAGCCACCAGCACUGGUGAGAAGAAUGUGCUCAUCUUCGACCUUGGUGGUGGUACGUUUGAUGUGUCACUCCUCACGAUCGAGGAGGGCAUUUUCGAGGUGAAGGCUACAGCGGGUGAUACUCAUCUUGGUGGUGAGGAUUUCGAUAACAGAAUGGUGAAUCACUUUGUUCAAGAAUUCAAGAGGAAGAACAAGAAGGACAUUAGCGGCAACCCAAGAGCUCUUAGGAGGCUGAGAACUGCUUGUGAGAGGGCGAAGAGGACUCUCUCUUCCACUGCCCAAACCACAAUUGAGAUUGAUUCAUUAUUUGAAGGAAUUGAUUUCUACUCUACCAUUACUCGCGCGAGAUUUGAAGAACUUAACAUGGAUUUGUUCAGGAAGUGUAUGGAGCCGGUGGAGAAGUGUUUGAGGGAUGCAAAGAUGGACAAGAGCACUGUCCAUGAUGUGGUGCUCGUUGGUGGCUCGACUAGGAUUCCGAAGGUGCAGCAGCUACUGCAGGACUUCUUUAAUGGGAAAGAGCUUUGCAAGAGUAUCAAUCCUGAUGAAGCAGUGGCUUAUGGUGCUGCUGUGCAAGCUGCAAUCUUGAGUGGUGAAGGCAAUCAGAAGGUGCAGGAUCUCUUGCUUUUGGAUGUUACUCCUUUGUCUCUUGGACCGGCAAUCGGUAUCGAUUUGGGGACAACCUACUCGUGCGUGGGAGUGUGGCAGCACGACCGCGUCGAGAUCAUAGCCAAUGACCAGGGUAACCGCACCACGCCGUCGUAUGUGGCGUUCACGGACACCGAGCGUCUCAUCGGCGACGCGGCGAAGAACCAAGUCGCUAUGAAUCCUGUCAAUACUGUCUUCGAUGCUAAGAGGUUGAUUGGCCGUAGAUUCUCUGAUCCGUCGGUUCAGAGCGACAUGAAACUCUGGCCAUUCAAGGUUAUUCCUGGCCCUGCCGACAAGCCUAUGAUUGUAGUAUCCUACAAGGGAGAAGAGAAGCAGUUUUCAGCUGAGGAGAUCUCUUCCAUGGUGCUGAACAAGAUGAAGGAGAUUGCUGAGGCAUAUCUCGGGUCCACUGUGAAGAACGCUGUUGUGACUGUACCUGCCUACUUCAACGAUUCGCAGCGACAGGCAACCAAGGAUGCUGGGGUCAUUUCUGGCCUAAAUGUUAUGAGGAUCAUCAAUGAGCCUACUGCUGCAGCUAUCGCGUAUGGUCUGGAUAAGAAAGCCACCAGCACCGGUGAGAAGAAUGUGCUCAUCUUUGAUCUUGGUGGUGGUACGUUUGAUGUGUCACUCCUCACGAUCGAGGAGGGCAUUUUCGAGGUGAAGGCUACAGCGGGUGAUACUCAUCUUGGUGGUGAGGAUUUCGAUAACAGGAUGGUGAAUCACUUUGUUCAAGAGUUCAAGAGGAAGAACAAGAAGGACAUUAGUGGCAACCCGAGAGCUCUUAGGCGGCUGAGAACUGCUUGUGAGAGGGCGAAGAGGACUCUCUCCUCCACUGCCCAAACCACAAUUGAGAUUGAUUCAUUGUUUGAAGGCAUUGAUUUCUAUUCCACUAUUACUCGUGCGAGAUUUGAAGAACUUAACAUGGAUUUGUUUAGGAAGUGUAUGGAGCCAGUUGAGAAGUGUUUGAGGGAUGCAAAGAUGGACAAGAGCACUGUCCACGAUGUUGUGCUCGUUGGUGGCUCGACUAGGAUUCCGAAGGUGCAGCAGCUACUGCAGGACUUCUUCAAUGGUAAAGAGCUUUGCAAGAGUAUCAAUCCUGAUGAAGCAGUAGCUUAUGGUGCUGCUGUGCAAGCUGCAAUCUUGAGCGGUGAAGGCAAUGAGAAGGUGCAGGAUCUCUUGCUUUUGGAUGUUACUCCCUUGUCUCUCGGUCUUGAGACUGCUGGAGGUGUGAUGACUACGUUGAUUCCGAGGAACACAACCAUCCCAACAAAGAAGGAACAGAUUUUCUCGACCUACUCUGACAACCAGCCUGGUGUGUUGAUUCAAGUGUAUGAAGGUGAAAGAACUCGGACGAAAGACAACAACUUGCUUGGGAAGUUUGAGCUCACCGGCAUCCCACCAGCCCCGAGAGGCGUACCUCAGAUCAGUGUGUGCUUCGACAUUGAUGCAAAUGGCAUCUUGAAUGUGUCGGCUGAGGACAAGACGACCGGCCAGAAGAACAAGAUCACCAUCACCAACGACAAGGGCAGGCUGUCCAAGGAAGAGAUCGAGAAGAUGGUGCAGGAGGCCGAGAAGUACAAAUCUGAGGACGAGGAGCAUAAGAAGAAGGUGGAAGCAAAGAAUGCUCUGGAGAACUACGCCUACAACAUGAGAAACACCAUCAAGGAUGACAAGAUUGCGGCCAAGCUCCCCGCAGAUGAUAAGAAGAAGAUCGAGGAUGCUAUUGAGUCUGCUAUCCAGUGGCUGGACGCGAACCAGCUUGCAGAAGCUGAUGAGUUCGAGGAUAAGAUGAAGGAGCUUGAAGGCCUCUGCAAUCCGAUCAUUGCCAAGAUGUACCAGGGUGCCGGUGGUGAUGCUGAUAUGGGCGGUAUGAACAUGGGUGGAGAUGGCCCGUCUGGUGGUGCAGGCCCCAAGAUUGAAGAAGUUGAUUAAGUGAACAUGUAGAUGCUGGGAUGGUCGUUAGUUGUGAUGGUUUUCUGCUUCUGAUUUUACUCUUUUGUUCUCUCUGUAUUUGCUACUCCCUUCGCUUGCUAUGCGUUGUUAAAGAACACCUGCGUUUAGUUUUGAUUCAAAUGACACAUUCGUUGCUGGGCUUGGUGAUUGGAAA